AAAAAAAAAAAAAGAGAAAGAAAUCAAUACAUGAUGGCGACCGACAGCAAAAAGCCGGGUGCAGCCGUAUCCGUUGAGGCAGCAGUGAAUCGUGAUGUCGAGAAACACGAUAUCGAGAAGAAUAACGAGGAAUGCUCAGAUGCUGCGGUUGUAAAGCCGGCGCGAGAUGCGGACGAGGCGAUGAAAGCUUUUACCGACACUGAUGGCGAGCCACUCGUUUUGACAGAAGAAACGAACAAGAGACUGCUGAGGAUCAUCGAUUGGCAUCUUAUGCCGCUGAUGUGUGUUAUAUAUGGCCUGAACUACCUCGAUAAGACAACUCUCUCAUACGCGAGCGUCAUGGGGCUAAAAGAGGAUAUCCAUCUUGUUGGCGACAACUAUCAAUGGCUUGGGAGCAUGUUCUACUUCGGUUAUUUGGCAUGGGAAUGGCCCACCACUCGACUGUUGCAACGACUGCCAUUGGCAAAAUACUCAGCUUUUUGCAUGGUGGCCUGGGGUUUGGUGCUCACAUGCUUUGCUGCCGUGGAAAACUUUUCUGGCGCUGUUGCUCUCCGGUUUUUCCUUGGAGUAUUUGAAGCUGCAGUGACUCCCGGUUUUGCGCUCCUCACAUCCCAGUGGUAUACCAAGCCUGAGCAGGCAAUCAGAGUGAAUCUCUGGUUCUCCUUCAACGGUUGGGCGCAGAUCUUUGGGGCCGUUCUCGCAUAUGGUAUCGCUGUCGGAUCACGCAUCCAUGGAAGCACCAUCGCGCCUUGGAAAACUCUUUUCAUCUCCACUGGACUUUUGACCGUAUCAAUGGGAUUAUUAUUUUGGUGGUUUGUUCCUGACAACCAGCUGAAUGCGAGAUGGCUUGACAAGGAGGACCGUACACUAGCCGUUGAACGAGUCCGGGUCAAUCAGCAGGGGAUUGGAAACAAGCAAUUCAAAAUGUAUCAGCUCAUAGAGGCCUUCACAGACCCGGUAACUUGGGCGAUUGUGUUUUAUGGGAUUGUCACCUCGAUUCCCAAUGGGGGAAUCACUAAUUUUUUCAACCAACUGAUUGUGAGCUUUGGCUAUACACCUGAGCAAAGUCUGCUCUACGGUGCCCCCGGAGGAGCUGUGCAAGUCUUGACGCUUAUGAUCAACGCCGUCGCAGCGCACUAUUUCAAGCAGCGACUUAUUGUUGCAACAGGAGGGUUAUACUUAGGAAUUCUCGGCGUAAUAUUAAUGAUAGCUCUACCUGAGUCAAAUAACACAGGACGCCUGGUUGGAUACAGUCUCACUCUGUCUGUCACUACCGCAUUUGUAUGCAUGCUAGCGAUUAUCUCGUCCAAUGUGGCAGGUUAUACCAAAAAGACCACUGUUGCUGCCUUGUUCCUUAUGGGAUAUUGUGCUGGAAACAUCAUCGGACCCCAAACCUUCCGUCCAGAGCAUGCACCAGACUACGUCCCGGCAAAAAUCACCAUAUUGACCUGCUGGAUCCUGUGUAUCUUCGAUUUGUAUUUUAUCCUGUGGUGGUAUCGGCGGGAAAAUGCAAAGAAAGCUCAGAUCAGAGCUCAGCCAGGAUACGUCAAACUUCGGAACCAAGAAUGGCUAGAUCUCACCGAUAGAGAAAACGCUGAACUGAUAUACGUGUUGUGAGUCCUGUGAAAAUGGGCUGUAGGCAUUGCUUCCCCAGGGACAUAAUUUUAGGAGAUUCUGGUGAUAUCUGUUGCACAUAAAUUAAUUACAACUUUCAGCUUCGGAAGCUUUUCCUCGCAUACAUCUCUCGCAGCAAGUAUAUAAACGACAUCCUUCAACCUGGUGGACGAGCGGAGGAAAAACAAGUCUGAGGGAAUACCAUUGCUGUGAUAGGGGCCUCUCG